AUGACCAGCUUGAAGCCCGAAGUAACGACUUUCCAAUCACUACUUGAAUGGAACCUGGCGCCACUAAGCCUUGAAAGGCGAACUGCAGCCCGACCCAACAUGCAUUUGCAUUUGCAGACACAAAGACUGGAUGCAGAAACAGAAACGACAGAGUCUACUGUCCUCGAAAAACGCCCGUAUUUGAAAUUCUACGAUCCGAAGGAAGCUGCACUGCGAGAGAAGAUCUGGUGCCCCUUGCACGAUUGUUUGGAUCAAGUCGAUGCCGGGUCAGUUGAGUGCCUUGCUCAGGCAAAUCUGGUAUUGAUCGCCAACCAAGGUCAUCUUCAACAGUAG